AAAGCAGCAACAGCAUUGCCAACUGUCGCAAAGACGCAGCGGUUCCCACUUCGAUCGUCUGCGUUGCCCAGACUUGUCUGGGGCUCCUCUACCAGCACUUUGACUUUGCAUCGUGGCUACGAAUCUUGUGCUCCAAUGAACGGUGGCUGCCAGCAAUGCCCGAAUGCACACACAGGCCCGUCGCAUCUAGCGUAUACCGUCUACGCUCCCGAUCCAGCGUGGCAAGGACGUCCCCCCGGCAUCCUCCAGGAACAAGCCCCGACUGAUUAUGCGACCCAAACCGCAAGAUACCACGACGAAUCGUCAUGCGCGAGGGAGAAGAGACGCAAGCGAGCGUCGCUGGCGUGCGACUGUUGUCGCAAACACAAGGCCAGGUGCGAUGAGCAAAAGCCAUGCCAGAGGUGCCAAGAUUUAGGUCUAACGUGCAAGUAUCGAGAAACCUUGCCUCAGGCGAAGAUGCAGAUCGAACGGACACUAGAUACGUUGCGCGACCUCAUGGGGAAGAUCGAAGGGAACGUCGAAAUACUUGUCAAAACUUCCCAAGACAUAGACUAUCGGUUGUCCAGGCUAGAGAAUCGGGUCACGGAUCGUCCACCUGGCCCGGUGCCUCCGCAACCAAAUCACCCGUUCUCGUAUGCCGAAGGCGUCGAGAUAAGGUACCUGGUCUCUCCUGGCGAGCCUGCGAUUCCCACCGAUCACACCACGCGGGCUGACUCUCUAUUCGAAUGGCCUUCUAUCCAGGCUCUGACCGAGUCUUCUUUUGCGCAAGGGGGCAUCAAUGUCAGCGGGUAUCCCAUCGGCCUCGAGCAGCGGCGAAGGCCACUGCUCAAAUACGAUUGCGGCGUGGACUCUCAUGCGCAACGGAACGACUGCGGUCUGACCGAGAGCGACGCCGCGACUUCUGAUGAUGCAUCACCGGCGUCUCCUCUCCAUUCAGACGACUUUAGCGAUCUAGGACCUGCAGUCUGGUCGUAUGUUGCCAGUUUCAAAGCGCAUAUACUCAACAUGCAUCCCAUCCUGGACGUGGACAUGGUAGAUCAAAAAGUCCGCGACUUCUUGGUAUCAGUACCGCCGCGGUCGACGAGGGAACACGCCGCACGACCCUCAUUCGCCAUUCCCACCCCGCCUCCGACACAAGUCGAAGUGGCCGGAGUCAAGAGAAAGAGAACAGGCGACCUGCAGCCGCUUCCUACGGCGUCAGGAAGGUCUUGGAAGCCCAAGAGGUCUGUUCCGAAUGCCCUGGUCUUGAUCAUCCUCGCCCUCGGCAAGAUUUGCCAACACCGGGAAUCUGUACCUGGUGCAGGGUGCCAUGCCAACGCCGAAAGUUCGUCUGCCAGCCGCAUGGUCCCGGGCCUAGAGUACUUUGCCUACGCCUUGGACAUUCUUAACGAGACCAAGGCUGCCAGCAUGGAUGAGGUCCAUGCCAACAUCUUUGCUGGACUCUACUACGGGCAACUGAAUCGACCCCUAGAGAGCUAUGGCUCUAUCUACCGGGCUGGACAGAAACUCCAAGUGAUCAUGAACCCGAGACUCGAGACGCUGCGCGAUUGCAUGAAACAGAACAAGUCGCCCACCGAGCCCCAUGACAACCAUCUCGUGUUUGCCUUCUGGACAUGCCUGCAGCUGGAGUCCGACCUGCUCGCUGAGCUUCCCCUGAAACCGUCCGGCCUGCUCUCGCUCCACGAAGACAUCCCCCACCCGGACAUGUGCCUCGUCUACGGCUACGAACAACGCGUUCUCGAAAGCUACUUGGGCCAGAUCUAUCUGCGCAAACAUUUGAAUAGAAUCCAUCGCCAUCUCUACACACCAGGGCGUCCAGACACUUGUCAAGAUCUGUUCAAACAAGUGUCAACACUAGCGGAGGCAGUCUCUGAUAUGCGCUGGGUUCCCACGAGCUACGAAUUUGGCGGAGAUGACCCUCCAGCGACCGACAUACUAGCGGCGCGUUUCCGUGCCAAGUACUGGGGCACGCAGGUGCUCGAGUACCGGCCUUUUGUUCACCAUAUCUUACACCUCCCACACGCGCCUCCGCAACAUCCGCGCAGACCCAAUUGCGAUAUCAUUCAGGGAACCACUAGUCCGGACAUCGACAACGGGGCCAAGUCAGCCAGCGACAUUGACCCUUCUUUGAUUGCUCAAGCCAGUCAGGGCAUCAAGGCCUUGGUGGAGAGCACGCGGGCUUUCCACAACAUCGAGGGCGGCCGACCCAUCAUCACCAAUGUUUUCGGCACUGCGCAUGCACAGUGGGGCAAUGUGUUGGUUCUUUCCGCCGCAUUCAGGAAUCCAGUCUUGCAGCAGUUUAUCAGCGAGGAAUUGCUCAAAGAUCUCUUCGAGCGCACGAUGUGCUUUUUGCGCCAGUCUGCCACAAGCGGGAGCACUCUGCUCGAGGACUUGCGUGUUCUCGAAUGCGUGUAUGGAGAGCUCUUCACAAGCAAGCCUCGGUGGAGCUCCGGCGUCCCGUACGAGAGCGCCAUACCACACAGAUAGUAUUGGCAAUAGUCAGCUAAGUCAACAUAUUUGGGACAAGGCAGAACGGAGCGACAUCGGCAAGCGCUGUUCUCUGGUGAGGUUCUCGGGAUAUCGUAUUUGAGUUAAUAUAUAGUCCGAGGCCUUUGGUAACAGCUUGUACCCUUCCCAGAGUGUGCUCGACUGGAAUAAUCCCACAUCAAGG